AUGAAGCUUAAGAUGAUGCAGAAGGAGCAGAGUAGUAAGAGACCGAUGAAUGAGGGGCUUUCUGCGACAAAAUCUCAGAAGACCGAGUUGAGAAAUAAAGAGGAGAGGACGACGACAAUGGGAGAGAGGAGACAAACACCACUCGAAAAUCCAAACGCCUGUAUCGACAGUAGAUUGAGAAAGAGAGAGGAAAAGAGACGACGACGCAGCAAUGUUUUCUGCACAACUGAGGAAAAAGAUGGUGGGUGGAUGAAGGAAGAAAUGGGGGGAAGGAUAAGUUUGGAAUAA